GUGAUUUGUGUACUGCAUAUCAUGGAGGUGUUGAUUAUUUUUUGUGCAGGAUGGUGAAAGACGAUGCAGUGUUCAGAAACGUAUAUAAGGAAGAGUUUCCAUGUUUAAGUGAAUCGAGGAAGGGACAAACUUAGCAUUUUGUAGUGUAUGUAGAUGUGACUUUUCAGUGGCUCAUGGUGGGAAAUGCGGCAUUCUGAAACAUGUGCAAACUAAAAAACCAAGGAGUGUCCAUUGUGUAGAACGGAACCAGAAACUUCUCGUGUAAACCCCAAAAUGUAGAUUCUGUGGCGAAUGACGAGGCUUUAUUUACCUCAUUUAUUGUAGAGCAUAACUUGACUAUAAACUGUGCCGACCACGCUGGGCCUUUGCUUCGCAAAAUGUUUCCCUAUUCUGAAAUUGCGAAACAAUAUGGGUGUGCCAGUUGCGGACCGUGCGGCUCUUGCUGUGGCCCCUGCUGUGGACCUUGCUGCGCGCCCUGCUGCGUGCCUUGCUGCCCAGUCGUGUGCUGCAUGCCGUGCUGUGUGCCGUGCUGCGCACCUUGCUGCGGCCCCUGCUGUGGACCAUGCUGCGGCCCCUGCUGCUGAUCUGUGUGAACUCAACAACCCAAGUACUGAAGAAAUCAAAUGCAGGGGAAAAUGACUGGGGCUCUGCAACGGAAGCUGUCAUCACUUACAUACAAACCAUCUGAACGUAACCACGGCACAUACUAGGAACUGUACUAACACCACAUAACCUACU